AUCCGCACCAUGUACCUGGGGAUUCAGAGCCAGCGGCGGAAGGAACACCAGCGACGCUUCUACUGGGCUAUGAUGUACGAAUACGCAGACGUCAACAUGCUGCGCCUCCUCGAGACCUUCCUGGAGAGCGCCCCCCAACUGGUGCUACAGCUCUACAUAAUGAUCCAGAAGAACAGCGCCGAGACGCUGCCCUGUGUCUCCUCUGUGACCUCCCUGAUGUCCCUGGCUUGGGUGCUAGCCUCCUAUCACAAGCUGCUGCGGGACUCCAGGGAUGACAAGAAGAGCAUGAGCUACAGAGGGGCCCUCCUCCACAUCUUCUGGCGCCUCUUCACCAUCUCAUCCCGAGUGAUCUCUUUUGCCCUCUUUGCUUCCAUCUUCCAGCUCUACUUCGGGAUCUUCGUGGUGGUCCACUGGUGCGCCAUGGCCUUCUGGAUCAUCCAUGGCGGGACCGACUUCUGCAUGUCCAAGUGGGAGGAGAUCCUCUUCAACAUGGUGGUAGGGAUUGUGUACAUCUUCUGCUGGUUUAACGUCAAGGAAGGGCGGACUCGAUAUCGAAUGUUUGCGUAUUACACGAUAGUCUUGACCGAGAAUGCUGCCUUGACGCUCCUUUGGUAUUUUUACAGAAACCCGGAGACCACUGACUCCUAUGCGGUGCCAGCACUGUGUUGUGUCUUUAUUAGCUUUGUGGCUGGGAUCGCAGUGAUGCUGUUAUACUAUGGCGUGCUGCAUCCCACGGGGCCACGAGUUAAGAUCUUGGCCAGCUCCUGUUGUGCCGAGCUGCUCUGGGGCAUCCCUUUGCCCCCCGAUGUUGAGCCCAUGGCGCCUCAGACCCCUGGGUACCGGGGGACCCAGGUCACGCCCACCAGAGCUGUGACGGAACAACAGGAGGAUCUCACGGCUGACACUUGCUUGCCCGUGUUCCAAGUGAGACCCAUGGAGCCCCCUACCCCGACGGGGCGUCCUUACCCAGAAGGGCCCCUCAUUAAGAUUGACAUGCCAAGAAAGAGAUACCCAGCUUGGGAUGCUCAUUUUGUAGACAGGAGGCUGAGAAGGACUAUUAACAUUCUGCAGUAUGUCACCCCGACCGCAGUAGGCAUUCGAUAUCGAGACGGACCGCUCCUCUAUGAGUUGCUGCAGUAUGAGUCUUCUCUCUAAGAGCAUCUUGACCCAAGUUGAGAAGGGGACCUUAAGUUUGGUUUGCGGUAAACACCGCUUGCAAGAAAUAUAACCCUCCCUUCCCCCAAUACACAGAACCACCACCACCACCACCAACACCAACACCACCAACACCACCACUCCAAAAACAAAAAAAUUAAUAAGUCACAACCCCUUCAGAUAAGCUUUCUUUCCAGUCGCUGUAUGUAUACAAAGAUAUUCUCUAUGUUUUGUAAGUAAAAACAAAAAGAAAACCUUUCUUUUGUUUUUUACACAUAAGAAACAGUAUUGAAAAAAAAAAAUUAAUCCCACACUAUGGUUUAUAGGGUGGAGAGGGAGGAGCUGUCUCCACUCCAAAAGAAAAAAAAUUUUAUACCUUACACCAAGUGUAGAUCAUUUAUGGGAUUGGUGCUGAUUGAAAGAACAAAACAAAACAAAACAAACACAAACAAACAAACAAAAACCUUCAACUGCCUUAUGCCCUUAGGUGCUGAGUUUCAUUAAGUACUGUCACGUUCUUCUCAUGCAAAACUCUCUGGUGACUUUUGUACCAGGAGAGGGAAAAUUAAGAAUCAAAUGAAACAAAUCUAGAAACCUAGAAACAAAACAAAAACCAACCAACAAUACAACACAAAGCAAUUAUUCUUCCUAUCUGAUUAUUUGUAUUGAAGAAAACAAAUUUACCAAAAGCAAAAACAUAGAAACCUUUCCCUCUUCAAUGUCCCUCCCUCCUCUCCUGCCCCUCUCGCGGAGCCUUCUAGGAGCUCAAGGGCUGUUUGAAACUCAAAUGGCUGUAAAAGCUACUUGAAGGUGACUAUGUGCCAUUUUACCAUUCACCUAGCAAGAAUCACAUUUGUUCCCUGGUGAAAAGCAAAACAGAACAAAACAAAAAAGCCACUCCAAUAAUUCGGUAAGGACAGGACAUUCUAAAGGAAAUCAAAGGAGAUUUCCAUCUAUGUAAUCAAACAGAAUCAGUAAUAAUAAAACUCAGCAUAGUAGCAAAAAGAACGACAUCAAUUUAAAGGCACAAUACUUAAUCAGUGACUGGCAACAAUGAUUUGUUCCAUCAUUUUAAGGCUGUGAACGGUAUACGUCUAUCACACGUGAUAUUGUAUAAGGCCUCUUCUGUUUCCAUUUGGUGGGAAGCCUUAAAUUGAUCUGGAAAGAAUUCUUCAUUUUUCAUUUGUGCUUUUUUUUAAAAAAAAAUAACACAAAGAGGAAAACUAGAAUAUAUAUAUAUAUAUGCAAAUGUAUACAUAUAUAUAUAUAUAUAUAAAGUCAAAUUGUAAUAACUGACCCAUUUCAAAGACUGUUUGGUGCUUUUGUCUUUCACCAUUGUGGUUGGCUGAAAACCAAUCAGCUCACUUGGUGCAUCUGGGUUGAAUGGGAAAUUUUGUAUGUGUGGUAUGUGUGUGUUUGUGUGUGUGUGUAUGUGUGUGUGUGCUCAUAGCACACGUAUAUAUGUGUGUGUUCCUGCUGCACGGUCUUGCCAGAAACAUAAAACCGAUACAAGAAGGACUCUGGUUACAGCUUGGCUGAGUGGUGUUAGGAGGGGCGGGGGCCAGGGAGGGGAGGAUGGGAGGGCAUCUGCCCGCCAGCCCGAGUGUGUGGCGACACUCACACCAGCAGCAGAUCCCGGGGUCUUAGCGGCCGUGUUGUUUGGGUGAGGAUUUGACUCAACUCUUUACUUUCUCAUUGUACCAAGUUGAAUUUCUGGAGGUGUUGCGAGUAUGUUUAACCAUUUUUAAAGUUUUUAUUUCUCGAAGCAUUGCUCCUUUAAAGAAUAUUUCUGUUCUAGGGCAUCAUUUCAAUCCCAUUGUAUCUCUCUACUUGGGCACAAAAAAAAAAAAA